CGUUUAUUUGAAAAAAUGGUUUUCAAAAUAUUGUUACUCAUAGCAUUCGCUUCAGUAUCUUGCACUUUGGUCAACGGCCAGAUACAGUCAAGAAUACUGGGUGGAAAGAAUGCAAGAGUUGGACAAUUUCCCUACCAGGUAGCACUAUAUACAAAUAAUAAUUUUGAGUGCGGUGGUACUAUCAUAGACCGUCGGUGGAUUAUGACAGCUGCUCAUUGUGUAGUUGUUGGUGGAGUUGGUAUAAAACCUUAUCCUGCCAGAAAUGUAACAAUUCGUGCUGGAAGUAUUCACCGUUUGACUGGUGGAAAGUUAUUACGAGCAGAGAAGAUAAAAGUAAAAAUGUCCUUUGGAAACUUCUUGGAUGACAUUGCACUAGUGUAUUUGAAUGAAUCACUUGUAAUGAGUGAUACAAUUAAUAAAAUUGGAUUACAAUGGGAAGAAGUACCAAAUAAUUCUCCAGUGAAUAUUACUGGAUGGGGACGUCUUAGUUUCAAUGGCGUAAAUCCAGAUAUCUUGCAAUGGAAUACUUUGUCUAAAUUAAGUCCAGAUUCGUGUGAGAAGAGAAUUGGCUAUGGAUGGGAUUCAAUUCUUUGUUUAGCACAUAAAGAGAAUAAUGGAAUUUGUAUGGGAGAUUCUGGCGGUCCAGCUACGUAUAAUGGAAAAGUUGCAGGAGUUACCAAUUUUAGUAAUGAUGGAUGCGGAAGUAAGAAACCUGAUGCAUUUGCUAAAGUAAGUUAUCAUCGCAAUUGGAUAAUGGCUAAUAUGAUGAGUACACAAUUUGGACCAAAACGGACAGUGAUUUAUUUGACAAUGUCGUUGACUAUUCUAUCUUUAAUUGCACUCUUGUGUCUCUUGUUAUGUGGAACGCAUUCAGCUCAACCAAUAUCGAAAGUCGUCGGUGGCAAGGACGCAGAAAUUGGUCAAUUCCCUCAUCAGGUAGCCCUUUUUAAAGAUGGAUCAUUCACUUGUGGUGGAUCGAUAAUUAGUUCUCGUUAUGUUCUGACAGCUGCUCAUUGUGUUGUCGUUGGUAAUGGUAUUGAAACACUACCAGCAAAAUAUUUCACUGUUCGAGUUGGUAGCAUUCAACGUUUGGCUGGUGGAAAAUUAAUGUCAAUUAAAACUGUCACCGUCCGUCAGAGCUAUGGCAACUUUUUGGAUGACGUUGCAUUACUCGAAUUGGAAACAGAACUUGUCUUUAGCAAAAAUAUCCAAAAAAUUGAUUUGUAUGAUGCUGAAGUACCAAAAGGUGAAGAAAUUGUUAUUUCUGGAUGGGGACGUAUAGUACAUGGUGGAGCUAUUCCACAUCGUCUGCAAUAUAAUACAUUGUCAGCUUUAGAUGGACCAAGUUGCGAUUUAGCUAUAGGCAUGGGUCAUGAUCAAAUAAUAUGUUUAGCCCAUGAUAGGAAUAAUGGAGCUUGUAAUGGUGAUUCUGGUGGUCCGGCAACUUAUCAAGGAAAACUCGUUGGUGUAGCUGGAUUUGUUUAUGGUGGAUGUGGUAGUGCUAAUCCAGAUGGUUAUGCUAAGGUUAAAUACCAUCUUGAUUGGAUACAUGCUAAUAUGCAUUAAAAAAAAAUAUUAGAUCAACCUAUUCACACACUUUUUUAUUCUAAUUAAAAUAUGUAAUUUAAAUUACUGUAAACCUUCAGGAUUUUCAAAAAUAAUUCUUUGCAAUCAGUUUAAAAUAAAUUUUCAGACGUUUAAAAAUGCAACCGAAUUUGAUAUUCUUCUUUUUCGAAGAAAAAAUUGCCAAUUUUGUUCUUGAAAUAAAAUCAAACUUUUAAAAUUUUUUA